CUUUUUAGUCUGUGUGAAUUUUCUGGGAACCACUCUUGCACCUUCGUUCACGUUACGUUUUGAAUGAAUCACACGGCCACAUUUAAUUUAUUCUCGUGACCACAAAAUCACAUACACAUAUAUCUCUUUCUUUGUUGGAGAACUUAAUUAGUUGAAGAUGCCAUGGGCAACCUCUUUGGUAGAAAUAAAAAGCAUAACCCUCAAUUUUCUAGAUUUGAUAGAGGAAGAGAGGGAAGAAUCUCCUCCUCCGUAAGUGGCAGACCCUUAAGAUCACCUUUUCCAACUGAGCUACCCCGGCCACCUCCACCACCGCCACCACUACCGCAAGCGCCACGACUAGCCGUACCACAAUCUAAGAAACCAGCUGGUUAUUGGACAGGUAAUUCUGAAGAAAGUUCAGUAGCCAUGAACAGCAAGAGCAAGCAAUCUGCCAAGAAAUAUGCUCUGAUUCGUGAUAACUUCAACACCCUUGAGCAGGUUACAGAGGCCUUGAGGAAAGAAGGUUUGGAAUCAUCAAAUCUCAUCCUUGGAAUUGAUUUCACAAAGAGCAAUGAAUGGACUGGCAAAACAUCAUUCAAUAAUAGAAGCCUGCAUGCUAUUGGAGAUACACCUAACCCUUAUGAGAAGGCCAUCUCAAUAAUUGGCAAGACAAUGGCUCCCUUUGAUGAUGACAACUUGAUUCCAUGCUUUGGCUUUGGUGAUGCUACCACACACGAUCAAGAAGUGUUCAGUUUUCACAGUGAUCAUUCACCUUGCCAUGGCUUUCAAGAAGUUUUGGCUUGCUACCAAAAAAUAGUUCCGAACUUGAAACUUUCAGGACCAACUUCUUAUGCUCCGGUGAUUGAAGCUGCAAUAGACAUAGUUGAGAAAAGUCGUGGCCAAUUCCAUGUGUUGGUUGUCAUUGCAGAUGGCCAGGUUACAAGAAGUGUUGACACAGAAGAUGGAGAACUCAGUCCUCAAGAGGAAAAGACAAUCAAAGCAAUCGUUGAUGCAAGUGCAUAUCCGCUCGCGAUAGUUCUGGUUGGAGUUGGUGAUGGACCUUGGGAAGACAUGAGAAAGUUUGAUGACAAGAUACCGGCCCGUGAUUAUGACAAUUUUCAGUUUGUUAAUUUUACAGACAUCAUGUCUAAAAACACAAGCCCCUCAGAGAAAGAAACAGCUUUUGCUCUGGCUGCUCUCAUGGAGAUCCCCUUCCAAUAUAAAGCAACCAUGGAAUUUGGAAUACUUGGGCGUGUAACAGGAAGAGCAAAGAGAAUAGUACCAAGACCUCCACCUGUUCCUUAUUCUCGGCCUGCACCACCACCACUACCUCGUGUACCAAGCAACAUACCAGCAUCUACACCAGAAGAACAAAACCAAGCUGCUUGCCCUGUUUGUCUGACCAAUGGAAGAGAUUUGGCAUUUGGAUGUGGGCACAUGACUUGCAGAGACUGUGGAUCCAGAUUAACUAGUUGUCCCAUAUGUCGCCAGAGGAUCACCAGUCGUCUUAGAGUGUACAGUGGGUGAUUGUAGAAUGAAAAACUAUGCACAUUACAUGGUUUGCAUCAAAUACUUCUUCUCUUUAGUGUUCAUCGUGUUGCUUAAGAGUUUUAGAAUUGGACAUGGAUUUGUUGUAAAAAAGAUGGCUUGUGUAAUUUGUUUGAAUAUUUUAAGAGUGUUGAAAAGUGGAGAUGAAUUUGUACAUGUUUUUAUGUAUUUGGCUCAUGUCAUUGAUGCGUUUGAAGUUGUAUAUUAGAUGGAUUUUGAA